CGAUGGUGUGAAAGGCGCCGUGAGGGAACUCGGCGAGAUGGAAACCCGCCUGCAGAACGCCACCAGAACCUCACGCCUCGCCAUUGAAGCAAGUGUCUUUACUUCUUCUCACAACGACCUCACCCCGUCAGAGAACGGUGCCUGUAUAUCUCAUUUGGAUGCCAUGGCAACUGACCCCGAGGAGUGCGCUCGGAAAGCUGAAGAAGAGCGUUCCGGUACCCCUGACGUGGACGCCGCACCAAUCAUUGGCCCAGAAGGCGAGGCCGCCGUCGGUGAUGUCGAGGAUGACAAGAUCCGCGCUGAAGACGCCCCCGAAAGAGGCGCUGCGAGAGAACCGCCAGUCAACAGUGAUUACUUGCCUUUGCCGUGGAAGGGAAGACUGGGUUAUGCCUGCCUCAACACAUACCUGCGCGCUGCCAACCCCCCCGUAUUCUGCUCGAGGACUUGCCGCAUUGCAUCCAUUUUGCAACACCGCCAUCCAUUAGCAGACCCAAGCCAGCCAGAACACUCAACCAAGAACCGCCCCGAUGAGACAAAGCCUGCCGACAUCCAGCGUGGUCAAAAAUACGUACAAGAGCUCGGGUUGGCCAAUGCGAGGGAUAUCCCCAAGAUGCUUCGCUGGAACGAAAAGUACGGCAUCAGAUUCAUGCGCCUCAGCUCCGAAAUGUUUCCUUUCGCCAGUCAUGAGGAGUACGGUUACCGUCUUGCCCCUUUCGCUGCCGACACCCUUGCCGAAGCGGGCAAAGUGGCUGCUGAGCUGGGGCAUCGACUGACUACACAUCCGGGCCAGUUCACACAGCUGGGUUCGCCUCGCAAAGAGGUCAUUAACGCUGCAGUCCGUGAUCUCGAAUAUCACGACGAGCUGCUUUCGCUGCUCCGCCUUCCCGAACAGCAGAACCUGGAUGCAGUCAUGAUCUUGCACAUGGGUGGCACUUACGGUGACAAGCGGUCCACCCUGGACAGGUUUCGCAGCAACUAUGCCGGCCUGUCGCCAUCUAUCAAGCAGCGCCUUGUACUGGAGAAUGAUGACGUUUCCUGGUCCGUCCAUGACCUUCUGCCGAUAUGCGAGGAACUGAACAUUCCUAUGGUCCUCGACUUUCACCACCACAACAUUAUAUUCGAUUCGAGCCAACUACGAGAAGGCACUCAAGACAUUGAGCAACUUUUCGAGCGCAUUCACGCGACCUGGACACGCAAGGGCAUCACGCAAAAGAUGCACUACAGCGAGUCUUGCCCUGGUGCCAUCACGCCCCGUGAUCGACGAAAGCACUCGCCGCGUGUACGGACGUUACCCCCUUGCCCUCCUGAUAUGGAUCUCAUGAUUGAGGCCAAGGACAAGGAGCAGGCUGUUUUCGAGCUCAUGCGCACAUUCAAGCUUCCAGGAUACAAUGCAAUCAAUGACAUUAUCCCAUACGAGCGAUUAGAUGAGCUUCGCGUCAGCAAGACCGGCAAAGCCAGGAAGGAAAGCAAGAAACAGCCCAAGAAGACGAAGAGGAAGGCUAAGGAUGCUGAAGACGAUGAAGACUCUGACGAGGUACCAGAGCCCGGGCCCACAGCUGUCGAAGAUAACAUCGUAUCUCCUGAUGAUUUUGGGAUGGGAGGGCCUCAAAACAGGGUUUACUGGCCCGAAGGUAUGGAGGAAUGGCUCAAGCCUAAGAAGCGAGAGGUGAAGAGGAGUAAGUCGACAAAGUUGGUAGACGCCAUAAAGCCCGAGGUCAAGGAGGAGGAGGAAUGAUUCUUGACUCUGCGCAGUUGUCCCGCAUAGGAUUAUGCUUGCUUGUACGAUAAAAGUAUGUACGCUACUGGCAUAGCAUGUCGCGAUAUUGGGCAUGCUUCACCUGU